GUCCUGUAAGGACUUUAAUAUUUAUAUGUGUGCUUUAAAUAUUUUUGAUAAAUAUUCCUCUAUAAAAAUGUAAAGUUUAUAAUUAAUUUAUCUACUUAAUUUGUAAAAAUAUAUGGUUCGUUUUAUGCGAUGUCAUUUCCGGUUUUGCUACUUCCGGUUUCGCCACUUCCGGUUAGCGCUCAGUGCUCAAUCUUGCAAUGAAACCGGCAUGGCGUGCUCUUUAUAGUAUCCAGCGCAUCCACUAAAAACAUCAUAGAGGCAAUGCCUUUUCACCGUACAAUGUAAAUGAGAGAGUGACAGUAAAGGGUAAAUCUUACUACGACUCUGUCUUCAUUGGCUACGGUUUAACUCUGUGUUUAGUCAGCGUUCCAACACACUGCACGAGAACACUACAGUGAAAAGGCAUAAUUUGAUGCUAAAGUGGUUAAGAUGGAUACAAGCAGCAAGAUGUCUGUCUGCAGCGCAAGAAGUGGCAAGUCAUCUUCGUCAUCAGCGAGCGCAGCCCAUGCACGGGCCAGAGCUGAGGCCGCCAAGGUGAGAGCGUCAUAUGCUAGCCAGGAGGCUAAACUUAAAAUGGAAAAAGCCACAAGGGAAGCUCAAAGUCAGAUGGAAACAGUAAGAUUAGACACUGAGUUGGAAAUGUUAACACUGCAACGAGAAGCCGAUGCAGCCGAAGUAGAGGCACAAGUGUUAGAGGAUGCUGAAUUAGCAGAGCAUGCAGUAGAAAGGGUUGGAUCUGUAGCAGAGGAAGCUAAAAUUGAAUGCACCAGUGAAUAUGUAAAUUCUCAAAAUAGCCUUCAGGAUCAUUCUUCACCUCCACUUCUAUUACCUUUGUCCGUCACCCCUCCAUUUCAAGCUGGCUCAAAUAACAGCUUUGUAACAUUGAGUUUAGCUGCGAAAGAUACCUCACAUGCUCAAUCUAUCAAACAUAAGCCAAAGUCUCAAAAAGCUGACAGUUUACACUUACCUGCAACAAACCUAUCUAAUCUGUCCGAAGGUGUGAUUUAGUCUGAAGUUGGGAGGACCAGCCCCAUCAUGAAUGUACCUGUUAAGCCUUAUGUCCCUCAAUAUAUCCCUCCAUCUAGCACGCCACAUCAGGUAGAGUCUCUGGCACAGUAUUUAGCCAGACGAGACCUUGUUAGUUCAGGACUUUACCUAUUUGAUGAUAAGCCUGAAAACUAUCGGUCAUGGUAUUCCUCAUUCGCCAGUGCAGCUCGUGAAGUUCACCUCACAGCAACCCAGGAACUGGACCUCAUGACUAAAUGGCUAGGAAAAGAAUCUAGCGAAAUGGUGAAGCGGAUCCGCUCAGUGCACGUCAGUAACCCCGGUCUUGCUUUACACAAAGCAUGGGAGAGACUACACGAGUGCUAUGCUGCACCAGAAAUCAUCGAAAGGUCAUUGUUUCAGAGAUUGGACAGUUUUCCUAGGAUUUCAGUUAAGGACCACAUCAAAUUACGUGAACUAGCGGAUUUGCUUAUGGAAAUCCAAGGUGCUAAAGAGGAUGGUUAUCUCACAGGUCUGUCAUACCUUGACACUUCACGUGGAAUUGCGCCAAUUGUAGAUAAGCUCCCAUAUGGGCUGCAAGACAAGUGGGUGACUUCCGGGUCAUGCUACAAAGAACGAAAUUAUGGGCGCUUUCCCCCCUUUGGGUAUUUCUGCAACUUUGUGUGCUUUGAAGCAAGGAAGCGAAACGACCCUAGCUUUAUGCAUCAAAGCAGCGCUACAACAACUGCAAAACCAGACAGAACCAUUGUGAAGAGUUUCCAAACUAACAAAGCCAUCACAGUUCACAAAACAGAUGUGCGUGCAGCCAGUGACGACCCUAACAAAAUCUGUCCAUUACACAACAAACCACACCCCUUGAAAAAAUGCAGGACAUUCAGAAACAAACCCUUAGACGAAAGAAAGGCCUUUCUCAAAGAGCAAAGAAUAUGUUUCAAAUGCUGUUCUUCAGUUUCUCACCUCGCCAAGGAAUGUAAGUCUUGCGUAAAGUGCUCUGAAUGCGGUAGUACCAAUCACGAUGCGGCCAUGCACCCUGGCCCAUCACCACAAGUAAUCAAGACUCCAUCACUGUCACAAGAGAAUGGCGGGGAGGAAGAUGAUAACUCUAACCAAGCCGUUGUCAGUAUAAGCUGUACAGAAGUUUGUGGUCCAGGUCAGUGGAGCCGCUCAUGCUCAAAAAUCUGCCUUGUAAAUCUGUUCCCAAAGGGCUCCAAGGACAUAGCCAUCAAAGCCUAUGUAAUUCUUGAUGACCAGAGCAAUCGUUCAUUAGCCAGACCAGAAUUCUUCGAGCAGUUCAAUGUGGAGAGUGAACAAUUCUCAUAUCAUCUCAGAACCUGCUCUGGCAUAAUCGAAACAUCUGGCAGGAAAGCUGAAGGAUUCCAGGUUGAGUCCCUGGAUGGAAAGGUUCUCAUCUCUCUUCCUCCACUUAUUGAGUGUCAUGAGAUCACGAACAAUCGUGCUGAGAUUCCUACGCCAAGUGCAGUUCUUUCCCAGCCUCAUCUCUGUCACAUAGCCAAGCACAUUCCAGAACUAGAACCGAAAGCAGAAAUACUUUUGCUAUUAGGGAGAGACGUGAUAAGGGCUCACAAGGUCAGGCAGCAGGUCAACGGACCAAACAAUGCCCCUUUUGCCCAACGACUAGACCUGGGCUGGGUAGUAAUAGGAGAAGUGUGCCUAGGUAAUGCACAUAGGCCAACGGUCAACACAUUCAAGACCAAUGUGCUGGAAAGUGGCCGAUAUUCAAUUUUUCAACCCUGUACAAGUUUUAUGCGGAUCAAGGAGAUGCAGCAAAGUGGGAACACAUCCGCCAAAUCAACUGAGAAGACACUUGGAGAGACAGUGUUCAGCAGAACCGAGGACGACAACAAACCUGCUCCAUCUGUUGAGGACAUAGCCUUUCUAAAAAUAAUGGACACAAGCGUCUAUAGAAGCGAUGAUAACAGCUGGGUGGCCCCCCUACCGUUUAGAGAUCCACGCAAGCCAUUGCCAAACAACAAGGAGCAAGUCGUUAAUCGUUUAACAAGUCUGCAACGAACUCUGAAAAGAAAACCUGAGAUGCAGCAACAGUAUGUGGAAUUCAUGGAAAGGAUCUUUACCAAUGGACACGCUGAGGUAGCGCCACCACUGAAAGAAGGGGAUGAAUGCUGGUACCUUCCUACAUUCGGGGUUUAUCAUUCCCAAAAACCCAAUCAGAUCAGGGUGGUCUUUGAUUCCAGUGCUCGAUACUCCGGCAUCUCUCUCAAUGAUGUGCUCCUCACAGGGCCCGACCUCAAUAACUCCCUUGUUGGCGUCCUGCUACGCUUUCGGAAAGAGAAGGUUGCAAUCCUAGCGGACAUUCAGCAGAUGUUCCAUUGUUUCUUGGUACAUGAAGACCAUCGUAACUUUCUCCGUUUUCUAUGGCACAAGGACAAUGAUGUGAACAAGGAAAUUAUUGAGUAUCGAAUGAAGGUCCAUGUCUUCGGUAAUCGACCAUCUCCUGCCGUGGCCAUUUACGGACUGCGGAGAGCCAUCAGAGAAUUUGCACAGCAGCACGGUGCCGAUACAAUCAAGUUCGUGGAGAGACAUUUCUAUGUUGAUGAUGGUUUGUUAUCUGUACCAUCCGAAGCUGAGGCAAUUGACUUGCUCAAAACAACACAGGCCUCACUAGCUGAAUCAAACCUCCGUUUGCACAAGUUUGCUUCAAACUCUCAGACAGUUAUGGAAGCCUUUCCGCCAGAAGAUUGUGCCCCAGUAAUCAAGGACCUAGACCUAAGUGGAGAAACUUCGCCCACACAACGGAGUUUAGGUCUGCUAUGGGAGAUCACGACCGACACAUUCACUUACUCUGCAUCAACAAUUACCAAACCAUUCACCCGGCGUGGUGUCCUCUCCACUGUAAACAGUGUUUUUGAUCCUUUGGGUCUGCUGGCACCCGUCACGAUCCAGGGAAGAGCCCUUCUCAGAGAACUUACCUCUGAACAGCCUGACUGGGACACACCUCUCUCUGAGAAUGAAUUAAGCAAAUGGCAAGCCUGGAAAGAUUCUCUCCAAGACCUAGAUCGGCUUCAUGCUCCACGUGCAUACACAACAACCUCACUAGUCGAAACAGUGCACACAGAAUUGUGUGUAUUCUCAGAUGCAUCUACCAAGGCCAUAGGUGCUGUGGCAUAUCUGAAAGCACUUCAGAAAGAUGGACAAGUAGAAGUAGGAUUUGUCAUGGGCAAGGCAAAAUUAGCACCCCUGUCUGAACCUACAAUCCCAAGGCUCGAGCUCUGCGCUGCGGUCUUAGCAGUAGAGAUGGCAGAUCUCAUUAAGGACGAGCUGGAUCUGGAGCUAAAUGAUAUAAAGUUCUUUACCGACAGCAAAGUGGUGCUCGGCUACAUUUACAAUGAGUCAAAACGAUUCUAUGUGUAUGUCCACAACAGAGUUCAACGCAUCCAUCAGUCCUCAAAACCUGAGCAGUGGCACUAUGUGCGCACAGAAGAAAACCCUGCAGAUCAUGCAUCACGAUCUUUACCUGCACUACGCUUGGCACAGAGUUCAUGGUUUACAGGUCCCUCCUUCCUGCGUCAGCCACCUCCAAAAAAGACACAAACGACUGAGAUGUUCGAACUAAUUGCACCCGAAAAUGACCCAGAAAUACGACCACAAGUACAAACAUGUAUUACUAACCUGAAAGAACCAGAGUUUACCUCUUACCGAUUCCAGCGGUUCUCCACCUUCACCUCCCUAUUAAGAGGAAUAUCAUUUCUAGUUCACAUAGUAAAAUCCUACAAUCACACCAACCAACACAGCAAAUGCAAAGGUUGGCACAGAUGUGACUUACACCGUACUCCAGACGAAAUUAACCAAGCAAGGAAUGUUAUCCUUAAAGCAACACAAAGGGCUACAUUUGCAAACGAACUGACGGCCCUCCAAGGUAACCAAGCCGUACCCAAAAGUAGUCACUUAAGGAAACUCAGUCCAAUCUUGGAGGACAACUUAAUUUGUGUUGGAGGACGACUAAAGUACUCUGAGCUUGCAACUGCAGAAAAGAAACCAAUAAUUCUCCCCAAAGAUAGCCACAUAUCAUUAUUGCUCAUUCGACAUCACCAUGAGCAAGUGAAACAUCAAGGCCGUCACCUGACAGAAGGAGCUAUCAGAGCAGCGGGACUGUGGAUCCUGGGAGGCAAGUCAUUAAUUAAUUCAGUACUUCACAAAUGCAUAACCUGUCGCAAGCUGCGUGGAAAGUUGGAAGAACAACACAUGUCAAACCUGCCACCCGAACGUCUAAAGGUCUGCCCUCCAUUUACAUAUGUGGGACUCGACGUAUUUGGACCGUGGUCCGUCACAAGCAGACGCACCAGAGGAGGACAUGCGGAGAGCAAGCGGUGGGCCAUCAUGUUCUGCUGCAUGAGUUCAAGAGCAGUGCACAUCGAGGUCAUUGAAUCAAUGGACACGUCGAGUUGCAUAAAUGCUCUCAGGCGCUUCUUUGCACUCAGACGCCCUGCGAAACAGCUCCAUUCCGAUUGUGGUACCAAUUUCAUUGGAACGUGUAAGGAGCUCGGAAUGGACAAAGUGGUGCAGAAGUACCUCAGCGAGCAAGGAUGCAGCUGGGAAUUCAACCCACCUCACAGUUCUCACAUGGGAGGCUCGUGGGAGCACCUGAUAGGCAUUGCCAGAAGAAUCCUAGAUUCAAUGUUUCUCCAGCUGAAAACACGUUUAACCCACGAAGUUCUUUGCACACUAAUGGCAGAAGUUACUGCUAUCAUAAAUGCACGACCACUCGUACCCGUGUCUGCAGACCCAGAACAGCCAUUCAUACUUUCACCAUCUAUGCUCCUCACACAGAAGACAGGAGUUCCGCCUCCUCCCGGGGACUUUACGGACAAGGACUUGUACACAAAACAAUGGAGACAAGUUCAGGCUCUCGCAAACCACUUCUGGACCCGCUGGAGACGAGAAUACUUACCUUGCUUACAGCACAGGCCAAAAUGGACGGUACCUCGCAGAAACCUACAAGUCGGAGAUCUGGUUCUGCUCAGGGACAAGCAGACAAUCUCGCAACUGUUGGCCCAUGGCCAGAAUUUCAGCCAUAUUUCCUGGAAAGGACGGCCAUGUAAGAAAGGUUGAAGUCACCACGACUGACCAAGGCAAUAUAAAAACCUUUCUAAGGCCAAUUGUAGAGGUCGUCCUUCUUCUACCGAAAGACUGAUCUAGGGACUAUGGUUUAGCACUUUUACAAGUUCAUAGUGACCUUACAUAGGUCAGGCGGGGAGUGUGUUGUCCUGUAAGGACUUUAAUAUUUAUAUGUGUGCUUUAAAUAUUUUUAAUAAAUAUUCCUCUAUAAAAAUGUAAAGUUUAUAAUUAAUUUAUCUACUUAAUUUGUAAAAAUAUAUGGUUCGUUUUAUGCGAUGUCACUUCCGGUUUUGCUACUUCCGGUUUCGCCACUUCCGGUUAGCGCUCAGUGCUCAAUCUUGCAAUGAAACCGGCAUGGCGUGCUCUUUAUAGUAUCCAGCGCAUCCACUAAAAACAUCAUAGAGGCAAUGCCGUAAGUUCAUUAAUACGAUAUCACACACGUUAAAGAUCAUAUAUUAGAGAUUAUUUGUUCUAAAAGGCGAUGUUUUAUGUGCCGUUAAAAAUGGUUGUAACCACCCUGUUUAGGCUUUAGCGAUGCUAAUAGCAAAUAGUAGUUUGUCUUUGUUAAUUUAUAAUGCAAUGUUAGCCAAGACUCUGAAUAUUGUUGUUUUGUCUUAUUGCAGUUUUCACCGUACAAUGUAAAUGAGAGAGUGACAGUAAAGGGUAAAUCUUA